AUGAGUAAAAAUAAAAUUAUCAAGGAACAGUUUUUGCCACAUAAAUUUAUCAAUGACACAAAAGAACAUGAAAAACUGCGUUUAGAUAAAUUAGAUGAAUUAGAUAAAGAUCUAUUAAAAAAUGAGCAUACGAGUAAAUUAGAGAAAGAGUUUAUCUUAAAAAAUGUAAGCUUUAAAAAAAAAAUGAAUAUGUUAAAACUAAACUUCGGAGGAAAUAUGAUUAAAAAUAAACCAAUAUUAACAAAAAAUAAUGUUACUUAUUUUUGUAGUGAUAGCUCUAUUUUAUUAAUAGACUUUAAUACAAAAAAGAAAAGUAGAAUUGUAACAUCAUUCUUUAUAGAUAAAAUGUUUUAUUUCUAUGAUAAGAAAUUUAAUGAAGAAUAUUUGAUUAUAAAGAGUUUUAAUAAUUAUAUAUAUGUAUAUCAUAUUAGUAAUAAAAAGUUUCAUUUUGUUAAAAGAUUUUUUAUAAAAAACCUUUUUUAUAUAAAUAGUUUUGGGGAAAAUGGAGAAUUAUGUUUUGCAACGUGGGAGUUAUGUGAAAAAAAAAUGUAUGUAAAUUUUUUUUUAUUACGAUUUCUUUUUAAUUAUGAAACCAAUUUUUAUAACUUCAAUGAAAAAUCAAAUGAAAAUAAAAAAAAAAAUUUUAACAGCAAUCAUAUAACAUAUACAUUUUCUUCUGAUUCAGAAUGUGAUUUUGAUUUGAAAUACUUUCCUAAUGAACUAAUAUUGAAUAAUUCUGAAGAUGAAGAAGAAGAAAAGGAAAAACAAAACAGGACAAAAAAAAAAAAAAAAGGAGCAAGUGAAAAAGUAUAUAUUACAACCAAAUUAAAAAUAAAGCCAAUAUUAAAGAUUAAAUAUAUUUAUUUUUCUAUGAUUGACUUAAAUACAAAUUUAAAUAAAUUAGUUUUAGCUAAUAAUAAUAUAAUAUUAAUAUAUGAUAUUAUAAAAAAAUGUUAUAAUAUUAUUUAUUUUAAAAACUAUAUAUCAUCUAUUAAAAUAAGUGAUGAAAAUUUUUUAUGCAUUGGUUUUAUGAAUGGAUACAUUUAUAUAUUAUUAUUUGAUGAAUUAAAAUUAGGUAACGGUGUUGAUAAAAUGAGUAAUUUAAAAGGAAAUCAAUCAUAUAAAAGUAUUUAUGAGCAAAUUAAAACUUUUAAUUUUAUCAAUAAUUCGGAUUCAAUUAAUAGUACAUUUCCAUAUAUAGAAAGUUAUGAAGUAGAUUAUAUAAAUGAUAAAUUAAAUAAUUCACAGGAUGGAGUAGAAGCAGAAAAAUAUGAAGAAGAAAAAAAAGAAUUGGAAAAAAAAAAUGACAUAGUUUAUCAAAUGAAUUUGUUUAAUAUACCAUAUAUUAGUUUUCACUUUCAUAAAAAUAAAAUUGUUAAUAUACAAAAAUUUCAUAUAAUAAAAUAUAAAUGGCAUAGUCACUCAGUUUAUAAUUUAACAAUAGAAGGAAAAAAAAUUAUAUCAAGUGGAGAAGAAGCUGUUAUUUUAUUUUAUGAUUUACAAAAAGGAUCAUACGAAUUUAUUUCUCAUUUGGGUUUACCAUGCUAUUAUAUUUAUUUAAAUAAAAAAAAAAAUAUUAUUAUUUGUAAUGCAUUAAAUAAUUCUAUUUUUUUUAUUAAUUAUAAUCAUCGCCUUUUUUUUUACAAAUACAUUGGUAUAAAUAUGCCGUUAUCACUAAAGAAUUUAUUUUACAAUUAUUCUAAUGUUCAACUGAAUAUUAAAAAUAGCAUAGAUAUAUUUUUAAGCCAAAUUAAUGACAAAUAUGAUUACACUAAUGAAUUGAAAGAAAACACGAAUACCCAAGGGAAUGACAUCAAUCCAUGUAACAAUCAUAGAGGUAUGCAAGAAAAUUCUAGAAGUGAUUUUUUUAAUAACGAUUAUUCAGAAAAUACUUUAACCAAUUGUAGUAGUGAGGGUGAUGAAGGAAAUGAUGAAACAGAUAGUGAUGACGAUGAAGAAAGUGAAAAUGAAGAUGAUGAAAAUGAUGGAGAUGAAAAUGAAAAUGAAAACGAAGAUGAAAACAAAGAUGAAAAUAAUAGUGAGGAAAAAAAAAAAUGCAUAGAAAACAGAAAAAAAAGGAAAUAUUUUCUUAGUUUUAAAUCUAUACAAAAAAAAUUAGAAAAAAAAAUUUAUAAUCAUACGAAUAUAGAAAAUAAUUUGUACAAAAAAUAUCAGAUUUCUUUUUAUUGUGAUUCUAAUAAUGGAUUAAUAUUUUGUUUUUUGACAACUUUUGUUAAUUUGCAGCUAUAUAAUAUAGAAAAAGAUAAACAUGUAAAAUUCUUAUGCCCAUUAAAAAUGGUGUAUAAAAGUAGAACAGAUAUAGAAAAAGUAAAUGAUAUAGAAUUAGUUUUAUUUUCAUUUAAUCAUAAUAGAAAUUUACUAAUGACAAUUGAGAAAAGAAAUUAUAUAAUGGAAGAAUUCUCACAUGAUCAAAAAUGUACUACAUUAGUGCAGACUAUAUAUAAUAUGAAAUUUUGGUGUCUCAUUAAUAAUUUAGAAUAUUAUAAUUUUUACGAUCAUACUAUUACAUCAAAUGAUUUAAAUAAUGAGGAACAACAAAAUAAUAAGAUUAUUACUGAAAUAGAAAAAUAUAAAAUGAUUAUAAGUCAUCCCUUUUUAAGUAUAUUUCUUUUGUUAGAAUAUAGCGGAAACAUAUGUCUAUGGUGUUUAGAAAAUAGUGAAAAAAUUUUUGAAAAUUCUAUUUAUAAUGAUUAUGAUGUUGACUGUUUUGAAAUAAAUGAUACCCAUUACACUUAUGAAGUGAAAGGUUGUAAUAUUAAUAAUCUGUAUACAGAAGAGGGUGAUAAAGACAUUAUUUUAAAUAAUAAAGAAAGUGAAAAUAAUAAAACAAUUACUAUAAUUAAAAAUAUAAAUUAUAAUAAUCACAGUAUUUUAAAUGGUGAUAUAAGCAAAGAUGGAAGAGUAUUUUGUAUAUGCCAUGAUAAAUUUAUUAGUAUAUGGGAUACAAUAACAUUAAAAACAUUAGCAAUAAUAAAUCAUCCUUUAUAUACUAGAUUUGAUGAAUAUAUAUUUAAUUUAUAUAAAGGAGUUGAAAUAUUACAAACACAUGGCCAUAUUUAUUUAUGUUUAUUUUCGUUUGAUACGCUUUUCAUAUAUUCUCUGCACCAAUUCCAUUUAGUUUAUGAAAAAAAAUUUAAAGGGAUAAUAGAAUAUAUAAAAUUUGAUAAAUAUACGAAUACGUUUUUAGCAAUAGGUAUAACAAAGAGAGUUAAGAAAAAUAAAAAUUAUUUGAUCCAAAAAAAUUAUAUUUAUGAAUUUACUGAAAAUUAUUUAAAAAAAAAAAACCUAUUUUAUUUGUCAAAAGACAAACCUAUUAUAGCUUUAGAUUUUGCUCCUCUUAAUAGCAAAAAAAAUAUAUCUUUAUGUAAGUUUCAAAAAUCAACUAUACUAAUUGCAUUAAAUUCUAAAUUUCAAAUUAAUACAUUUUAUUUUAAUAAUUAUCCAAAUAUUAUUCAAUUAAAAUGA